AACGUAUAACGUCCACCUGCAAACAUGGUCAAAUCGUUCUGGAUUGCGAGCAUCGCGCUAUUGACCACGGCGACGCUCUUCAAUCUACUUGUCGCGAUCGGCUUGCCGUCUCUCCCUGCACUAGAUGUCGUAAGGGUUCACUCCUCCGGGACCAUCCCUACGGAUUCCCAAAAUGGCGUUCCAAUCAAGGAACUCAGGAUGGGGACCUGGGGCAUCUGUGUAUACGAGGCUCCCAACGGACACCGCAUAUGCUCCCCCGCUCACCAUGCUUAUAUCGUUCCGUUCUUUGGCCCCAAGAACCUUGAGAUCGUCGGCAAAUCCUGGACGCGCGGGCUCGCUGUUCAUCCCGUCGCCGCCGGCGCUUCGUUCAUCGCAUUGGUCCUCGCCGCGGCGUUUAGCACGCACGUCACCGCGAUGUUAGCGGCGUCGUUGACCGCUCUUCUCGCCGCUCUCCUUACCUUGAUUGCCUUCGCUAUCGACAUCGCCCUCUUCGCUUUCACUCACCAUCAGGUGGGCAAGGUCAAGGACGUCCACGCGAACGUCGACGCUGGGCCGGGCUUCUGGUUAACGCUCGUGGCUCUCAUCCUCCUGUUCGGUGCGGCAGCGACGGUGAUAUUCGGGCGUCGCGCCGAGAACAACACGAGGUAUCCCUCCUCGGGCGGAGGAGGCAAGAACCCCUUCUCCUCCCUCUGGGCCCGGUUGACUCGAUACUAAAACAUACGUCUUGGGUUUCUUCCU